AGAAGAAGAAGAAGAAAAACAAAAACAAUAGCAGCGCUAACAUGCACAGUAGACAGUAGACUGUUAGCGCAGUACGGAGACAAUAUAGAUUCAUCUAAACGGACCCGGUGAACCACUGCCGCCGGACGGAACAGCGGGAACAGCAGGACCAAUCUCACUGGUUCCGUAAAUGGAACGGUUUGACUCAGCACUGUGUGUUUUGCUACCGCUGCUGCCCGGAAACUCCGCCGUGUUCUGACCCAGAAGAUGCGGACGGGGAGUCAUUUGUACGCAGCCAACGGGAAUCGCAACCACGAGAAUCUGCGAGGCCGAGUACAACUACCGAAGGGGGGGGGGGGCGGCUGUGCUCUCUUCCGAGAACACCGCGACGUCUUUGUCUCGGCGAGCGCGCGGUUCUGCGCCCGGACGCGGUCCGUCUGGUGGCACAAGAUGGAGGGUAGCGAUCUGAUGGGCUGUCUUGCAUGUGAAGACCCGGGCUCUGCUCAGACUCUGCUCGCCGUUGUCUUCUCCGUGCGACUGUUCGCUUGAAUAACAUUACUUGACUUCGCCGAGAUUGGCCGGAUUUGUGACGCCUCCACCUUCAAAAUAAAAGUGCACACUGAACCGUAACGCUACUGAUCAGCCUGUGUGUGUGUGUGUGUGUGUGUGUGUGGAAAAAACCCCACGUCGCUCACAGACGCUAACAAAGUGAAACAUUAAUUACGUAAUAUCACGUCCACGAUAUUACAUAAUGUCUGACUCGGGGGAUGCAAAGAGUCCCCCCGGCUCGUCCGGCCUCGGCAGCAGGGCCGGCCUGACGCUCACGGCGGCCAGAGGACUCCCGGGCACGGUCAGGAGUCUGGCCCCCCCGGCUCCACCUGGCAGGCUGACGUCCCUCAGAACCAGGGACUUGACUCUGGGGGGAGCUUUCAAAAAAACAAAGAAGACCUUUGAGCCAAAUGUCCAUGCUGUGAGGAAAAGCAAAGAUGAGUUAAAGGAAAAGACAAAUGUGGCUCUGAAAAAAGAGAGGGAUGAGAAGAAAGGAGUAAAGGAAAACAGAGGAAAGAGGAGAGAGAGGCCUCAGACCAUCCAAUCUCACUCCAUCUUUGAACAGGGUCCCGCUGACACUGUAUGCAAAACAGGCUGGCAAGUUGCUACACACCUGCGUGACUCCACCACCUCUCCUGUGUGUAAACUGGUGAAGAAAGAGAGGAAACAUUCAGAGGAGGAUGAAGACGAGAUACUCAGCAAACUACAGAGGGAUGACUUCAUAGAUGAUCCAGAUCUAAGGAACGAUGCUAAGCUGAAACCCACCCAGCUGCCUCUGUCAAGCACAACAUGCCAUUCCGUUGUUACAGUGUUUGUGGUGUUGCCAGGUCCAGAGAAACCUCCUCCAUCCAGACCUCUGGUCUGUGCAGCUCAGGAUCGAGUCGGCCGGACAGAGGUACCCAAACCGGAGGAACCAUCUCUGGUAAACCUGCUGCAGGAUCUCAGCCUGUCGGGAGAAGAGGAGCUCUUCUUUAUGCAGUUACCUGACUGUAUGCCAGGCCGAGCGUCUGAACAGAAGGUGAUGGCCCCCACUGUCAGAUCUACAUCAGAGAAAUUAGCCAAGAAUGACAGCAGGCCUGAAGACAAGAGGCCCGCACAUCUACAAGCACAACAGGCUGUAAUGAAGGAGGGCUGUCCUGUGCUGUCACAACUGCCAGAAGGAUUUCUGGGUAAACUGCAGAUCAGGAAGUCAGGAAAGGUUGAGCUGAAGCUGGGCGACAUUGUCAUGGACAUCUCCGAAGGAGCUGCAUUCUCCUUCUUACAGCAACUGGUGUCUGUGCGGCUUUCCGAUGGAAAGACUGGAGACAUGAUGGUAUUGGGAAAUGUCCACCAUAAACUGGUCUUAUCUCCUGACUUCCACACUUUACUGAGACAAGCUUCAACUGAGCAGCAAAAAGAAACCAGAUAAUGCGCUACGGAAAGUUACGGAUUCUUUGACACAAGUAAAGAUUUAUUUUGAAUUCUGUAAGAUUCCUGAUCUGAUGGCACUGUGGAGGAAAACUGGCAAGCAAUCUAACUCUCCAUAUGUCUGCUUUGAGGAUUGUAAGGCGGCUAAUUUAUUUUCUUUAAUCUGUGAUGUUUAAAUGAGUCAUGCUUGUGAUUUCCGUAUAUCCUGUGAUAGCAAAACCACCCAUCAGAAUUUGAACAAUUUUGUCACUGUGCUGUGAAGUCACUGCCAGAGGAGAUGUUUUGUAAAAACGAUGAAAAUGUCAGAUUCAUCCACAAGGACUCAGUUAUGAACUGUUACCUGAGACUGAUAACCCAUUUCCAGAUGGGCAACUUUUCACUGAGGAGGGCUUUCCAUCAUUUUCUUCAUACACCUGCAUUGAGCUUCAGACUGACUGUACACCAGCAAAAGGCAACAUCAACUGUUGUAGCUGAUAAUGGUCUGUUGCAGUAUUCAUUUGGAAGAGGUCAAAGGUCAUUACCCAGGAUUUCCAGAGUCAAAGUGGACGUCUGGUUAUGGUUUUACCUCAUACAAGGCCCUGUUAUCAUGUGACUGAGGUUAUUUCAUCCAACAAAACCACUGAUUGACUGUGAUUACUGGAGCUCUAGUUUUAUUUUGGUCGACUGAGGUUCAGCUCUUGAUACAGUGGGUCAAGUUAUUGUAAUAAGCAGCACUGGGCAGUGGGUUGCAGCUCAUAUUCAAACUUGUGCUUAUGUUUAAACUAUUACUUUCAUAUCAGACUUUCAUGUUUUGUGUGUGUGCUUUUUAGGAGCUCAGGCUCACCUUGCAUUGCUUUAAAUCACCUCUGAAAACUAUUUUCUAUUUACUACCAAUGUCGAGGCUGCACGGUGGCGUACUGGUUAGCGCUGUCACCUCACAGCAAGAAGGUUCUGGGUUCCAGUCCCGGUUCAAACCAACCAGGGCCUUUCUGUGUGGAGUUUGCAUGUCCUCCCCGUGUAUGUGUGGGUUCUCUCCGGGUUCUCCGGCUUCCUCCCACAGUCUAAAGACAUGCAGAAUGGGGUUAGGUAAAUUGAAGACUCUAAAUUGACCGUAGGUGUGAAUGUGAGAGUGAAUGGUUGUUUGUCUCUGUAUGUGGCCCUGCGAUAGGCUGGCGACCUGUCCAGGGUGAACCCCGCCUCUCGCCCAAUGUCAGCUGGGAUUGGCUCCAGCCCCCCCCGCGACCCUUAAGUGGAUUAAGCAGUAGACGUUGGAAGGAUUUACUACCAAUGUGUUUUAUAUAGGAAUAAGUCUGUAUGUUUUAAAAGCUGUAGAUUUCUAAAAUGUCUAUUACUGGUUCCCUGCCUUCAUUUUAUUUCUGAAUCUGUUAUUCUUAAUAUGUGUAAAGUUUUUUACAUUGGUUUUGAGUAAUAAACAUAAUUAUUCAGUCCAA